UGAAAAAACUCAAAAUCACCGACAACAGCCACUGCCUGAGGAAAGAGAGACUAAACACAAGCAAAUAUCCAAUUCCGACGAAUUCUUAAUUUGAGGUAAUUAACAAUCAUGUCGUGGUGCACUAUCGAGUCUGAUCCCGGGGUUUUUACCGAACUUAUGCAGCAGAUGCAAGUAAAAGGUGUACAGGUUGAAGAGUUGUAUUCCUUGGAUCUUGAUGAGCUCAACAGUCUUAGGCCCGUGUAUGGCUUGAUAUUCCUUUUCAAAUGGCGUCCUGGUGAAAAAGAUGAUCGCCUUGUGAUCAAGGACCCAAACCCAAACUUAUUCUUUGCGAGUCAGGUGAUAAACAAUGCCUGUGCUACCCAAGCAAUCCUUUCAAUUCUCCUGAACAGUCCAGAUGUUGAUGUUGGCCCAGAACUGUCAGCACUAAAAGAAUUCACAAAGAAUUUCCCGCCGGAGCUUAAAGGUUUAGCUAUCAACAACAGUGAAGCGAUUCGUACAGCCCAUAAUAGUUUUGCUAGACCUGAGCCAUUUGUGCCUGAGGAGCAGAAAGCUGCUGGAAAAGAUGAUGAUGUAUACCAUUUUAUUAGCUAUAUACCUGUGGACGGUGUGUUGUAUGAGCUCGAUGGAUUGAAGGAGGGACCAAUCAGUCUUGGGCCAUGCUCUGGUGGGCAAGGUGAUAUCGAGUGGUUGCGCGUGGUGCAACCAGUAAUUCAGGAACGUAUUGAGAGGUAUUCGCAGAGUGAAAUAAGAUUCAAUCUGAUGGCUUUAGUAAAAAACAGGAAAGAGGUGUAUACUGCAGAGCUGAAGGAGCUUCAGAAGAAGAGGGAGCGUAUUCUGCAGCAGCUGGCUGCAUCCCAGUCGGAGAGAAUGGUUGAUAGCAACCAAGUGGAGUCCUUAAAUAAAUCCUUAGCAGAAGUAAAUUCUGGCAUUGAAGCUGUUAGUGAUAAGAUAUUGAGGGAGGAGGAGAAGUUCAAGAAAUGGAAAACUGAAAAUAUCCGUCGGAAGCACAACUACAUACCCUUUCUGUUCAACUUUUUGAAAAUCCUAGCUGAAAAGAAGCAGCUGAGACCACUUAUAGAGAAGGCCAAACAGAAAACCACCAAUCCUAGGUGAAAUUGUACUCUUUUCACUGGCUAGACAAUGUCGUAUUUGGUGAAGUUCUUAUGACUGGUUUUAAGUUAACCUCAGGAUUGACAUCUCUUACAUUUUUCUAAUGGUCUCUUUCUCAAUUUACUGUGUCAUUUGUGGUUUUAAUUGUGUUUAUGUGCCUGUUCGAGAGCUACAUGCUCUCCAGGCCAAGUUUGAGCACUAAUUUAAACUUUUGGUUCUUGCUGAACGAAAUACUAUUUGGUGUUCCAGUAGAUGAGUUCUAGAAAUAGAGUGGAUUUGAC